UGAAGCUUCAAAACAAACGAGUGAAGGAAAGAGAAAGAGAAAGAGAGAGAGAGGCACACACACGACGUAACAAGUCCAUGAUAGAGGAUCAAUGUCGCGUUGAGACAAUGUCAUCGAUCAUCUGCACUGCUCGUUGUCUCUGACGUUUCUGUCUAUUCUCGAGUGUGGUGGCAAAAGAAAAGCAUCGAUUCACACUUUCAUUCGAAUAUAAUCCCGUUCUUCGAUCACAAACUUUUCGGAAAAUUUUGAAAAAAUGAGUGAAACCAAUGAAGUCGUGAGUGAAGAUAAGACGGACUAUGUUUCCGAAGGAGACGAUAGCAGUGUCAAUUUGACCAAUGGUGCUACCAAACGAUCUAUAUCUACUUCCGAAGGUCCCAGCACCUCGUCGGAAGCUAGUAAGUCGGCUGACAAUCAUAAAAAGCCUAAGCUUGCGUUUCCCUCUUUUCGCAAGUUAGAUUCUAGCCACAAGAACAGGAACUACAGAAGUCAAAAUCAGGAUGAGGAAGUCGAAAACGAGGAGACAAGUGUUGAGAGUGUACCACCACCAGCUUCGAACGAUACUGCAAAUUCAAGUCCUGCUCGAAACGCAGAUGCCAGUGAAGAUCCUUCGAGUCCUGCUGGAGACACCAAUGAUUCAGUUAACAGUUCAGAAUCAGAAAAUGAUGGGAGUUCACCUGAGCAUUCGGUUGAUGACCCUCAUACUUUUUUUAGAUUUGCCUCAGAUUUCAGCGAUACUGCGAAUGAUGCUGUACCAGAGGUUUUAAAGAAACUACCAUCCAAAUCCAACUGGAACCUUGCUAAAGGGUGUUUUGAUCAGCAAAUUGGAUGUGACUAUAAUAUCAAUAAAAAGUUUUAUGGUUCACUAUAUGCUGUUCAACAUUUAAAAUUACAUCAUAAGUUGGAAGAUCAUGAUGGAUGUGUAAAUGCAUUAGAUUUUAAUCCAAAAGGAGAUUUGUUAGUAAGUGCCUCUGACGAUUUAACAAUAGUAGUUUGGGAUUGGCAUUUAGGCAAAAAGAAGAAAGCAUACAGAACAAAUCAUUCGAGCAAUGUUUUUCAAUCUAAAUGGCUUCCAACUGUUGCACAAACUAAAAUUGUUACUGCUGCAAGAGAUGGUCAAGUUCGAAUUAUUGAUCUUCCUACAGGAGUUACAAAAAAGCUAGCUCAACAUAAAUCUGCUUGUCACAAAAUUUGUACUUUUGAUGAGUGUCCACAUCACAUACUUUCAGCUAGCGAAGAUGCUAGAGUUCUUUCUAUUGAUGUUAGAUCAGAUUCACCUGAAAAAUUACUAGUGGUGAAACAUGAUGAUCAGCCUGUUGAACUAGAUAGCAUUCAUGUCAAUCCAACUAAUACAAAUGAAUUUUGUGUUGCUGGUCGGUUUAAUAGUGUUCAUAUAUAUGAUGUUAGGAAUGUUUCAAGGCCAAAAAAAAUUUUAUGUCCAACUUCAAUGGUAACUAACAAAUAUUGUCACAUAACAUGCGCAACAUAUAAUUAUAAUGGGACCGAGAUUUUAGCAUCAUACAGUUGCGAUGAUAUUCAUUUAUUCGAUUUAGAAAUGCCAGACAAUGGCGAUUGUGCAGUUCAUAGAUAUGAAGGACAUCGCAAUCAUGCAACAAUAAAAGGUGUUAACUUCUUUGGACCAAAAAGCGAAUUUGUGUUAUCUGGAUCAGACGAUGGUCAUAUAUAUAUUUGGGACAAAAAGACAGAAGCUAUUGUUAAGUGGAUGAAUGGAGACGUUAGUGGAGUUGUAAACGUUUUGGAACCUCACCCCACUCUUCCAGUUUUAGCUACUAGUGGUCUCGAUCAUGAUGUAAAAAUAUGGAUACCAUCAGAAGAUGUUGUUCCUGAUACUAAGAAAGCAUUACAAGUGGCAGUGAAAAAAAAUAUUUCUCUGAAAGCUAGACCUCUUAGUUUGGAAGAUGACUCUUUUGAUGGACGAAUGUUGUGGAUUAUGUUAAGGCAACUUAACACACACCCAGGAAUGGCCCGUGAACUAGAAUCAGAUGACGAAAAUCAGUAUGGCGGCAGCAACUCAAGCAAUAGUGAUAGUAUGAAUGAUAGGUGGGAUGGGGGCAAUGAUCCAUAUGGGUAUCCUGCAGCUUACUAUCCAGAUACUUCUGAUGAAGAUUGAAUUAAGUGCAAAAAUGAUAAUUAUCUCGUUGGAAGAAAUAAAUGGUUUGUUUCUUUUGUUUUUUUUUGUUUUAGAAUGUAGUUUUAUUGGAUAUUUGAAAAAGUAUUCAAUAUCAGUCA